AUGAGCCCAGAGAAAGAUGGUGCUUCAAAACCCACUCCACUCUCCAUACCUCACCACGUCGACACAACAGACGUGGCUUCUCCACUCCCUAUGCCGCUAGACAUCUUGCACGGGAAUCCCAUCCCGCCGUUUCUAUCCAAAACGUUCGAUUUGGUGGAUGACCCGAGUCUCGACCCGGUUAUAUCUUGGGGACUGACCGGAGCUAGCUUCGUCGUUUGGGACCCUGUGGAGUUCGCAAGGAUUAUACUCCCGCGGAACUUCAAACACAACAAUUUCUCCAGCUUCGUCAGACAGCUUAACACUUAUGGAUUCCGGAAGAUUGAUACUGACAAAUGGGAAUUCGCCAACGAGGCUUUCCUCAGAGGACAUAAGCAUCUUCUCAAGAACAUUCACCGUCGUCGUUCACAACAAUCCAACCAAGCUUGCAGCACCAGCCAGAGCCAAGGGUCACCCACCGAGGUUGGAGAAGAGAUCGAGAAGCUGAGGAGAGAGCGGCGUGCGUUGAUGGAAGAAAUGGUGGAGCUUCAGCAGCAAAACAGAGGCACUGCUCGACAUGUGGACACUGUGAACCAGAGGCUGAAAGCUGCUGAGCAAAGGCAGAAGCAGAUGCUGUCUUUCUUGGCUAAGUUGUUUCAGAACCCUGGUUUCUUGGACCGCCUCAAGAACCUCAAAGGAGAAGGAGGAGCUCGAAGGAAGUUCAUCAAGCACCAGCAGCCUCAAGAUUCUCCAACGGGAGGUGAGAUUGUGAAGUAUGAAGCUGAUGAUUGGGAGAGACUGCUAAUGUCUGAGGAAGAGACUGAGAACAUUCCACUAUCAAGCCAAGGGAUGACUUCAACCGAUCCAAAAGGGAAGAAUCUGAUGAAUCCAUCAGAAGAAGAAACAAUGAAUCCAGAUUACUUAUUACCCUUCCCAACUCCUGAAGGACUUAUCAAACAAGAAGAGACUUGGAGUAUGGGUUUCGACACUACAAUACCUAGUUUCAGCAAUGAGGAUGAUGUAUGGGGAAACACAGUGGAGUAUAAUGUCACAGAGUUUGGUUCUGUUGCAGAAACAACAAGUGGUGGUUGUUUGCCUGAUGUUUGUUGGGAACAGUUUGCUGCAGGGAUCACAGAGACUGGAUUCAACUGGCCAUCUGGUGAUGAUACUACUCCAAUGGAUGAUCCUUAA